UAUUUAGCGCAGGCGCGAAUCCAGACUCAGACCCGAGGGUUGAAACCUAGAGGGACGCGGUAGUCGCUCGGCGGUCUGCCUCGAAAUCGGUUACCGCGCGCCAUAUUUUUUCAAACGUCGUACAUCAGUCUUCUGAUAAUGGAGCCGAAGACUUGCAGCGUCCUUGACUGUGACAGUAGAAGUGAUCAAGGUGGUGAUGAAGAAAUUUAUUUUUAUGGAUUCCCGAGGAAGCCGAAAUAUCGUAAAGUUUGGGUGGCUGCAACUGGCCGUUCUUACUGGUCUGCAAAGAGGAGCUCCAGAAUUUGUAGCAAGCACUUUUUGCCCACUUGCUUUGCUGAGGGAGAAGGGAAAUCCUUGCUGGAUGACGCUGUACCUACUGAGUUCAUCAAGACUCGGCCCCCUGGGAGCCCAAUGACAGUUCUGAGUAGAUUAAUUUUGGAAGAAUAUUUGGAGCGCAACAAUAUAGAUGAAUCGGCCGAAGUGUCGGAAUCAGAAGUAAUGAAUUUCGUGAUGAAAGAAUUUGGCGAAGAAUAUUCAGAGCCUGAGGAAAUGGAUGAAGCGGCUGAAAGGCCCGAACCAGGAGUAGUUCAACUAUGAAACUGCGCGCUCUCCUUCUGAAGACCAAGUCGACCCUGGUAUGGUAUUAAGAAGCACAGCAGCAUCAGUAUCUGAACCGGGAACGAGUUCUACAGUAGCUGAAGAAGAAAUACAUAAUGAGCCUGGUACUACACCUCCACAGUCAUCUACAAGUGAGGUAACAAGCCCUACAGAAGAAUUGACAGAGACUCUUUCACUUAGCUCCCCAACGAGCCCCGCAACGCCCGAGAGACAUAUGGCACCAGAAACUACAAAUAAUUCAACACCUGGGUCUGAUGAUGGAUCGGGAUCCAACUUUCUUCCAUCAUGGGUAAGGAUCCGCCCUGAACGUCCUGCCCGUAAUCCUAAGGAAGCAGGUAUGACUUUCAGGAAGAAGCUGUUCACUUUCCUUCGCUGUCCAUACAACCCGUUGGACAUAGAGUCAGAUUUACGGACAUUGAUAUCUUUGGGGGUAAAUAUUUUUAUUCUACGCAGAGGCAACUUCAGAUCUGUUGUCAAUUCGCUUUUCCGCUAUCUGAUGAAGGCAUAAGCAAGCCCAGCUAAAUAGCAAAGCAGUCAUUUAGGUACAUAUCUACAUAGUCAAUAAUAAUGUCAAAUGAUAAAUCUGCAAACGUGUCUAAUCUUUGAAUGAACCCCUUUAGCUUUCAGUGUGUAAAAUUGUAAUCUCUUCAUGUAGUAGUGUUUAUCAAACGAGAGAUAUCAAAGAAUCGUAGCAACUGGCGUUCCAUAGUCUCUGCCUCCAUUCUGCCUUCAUCUGCCCCCAUUGGAAACAGGCGUUAUUUAUGUAUGUGUGUAUGAUGUAUGUUUAUCAAAUAAUUAAGACUAAUGCGAUUUUUUCGCAUUAUUAUGAUAUGGAUGUCUAAAUCAGUAGUAAAACUUGGUAAUUUUUAUUCGUGAGCAAGCGCCAAAACAUAUCGGUUUGUAAAACAUUCGCAUACCUAUUCAUUAUUACCUAGAAAUGUGGUGAAGCUAAUAUUCACCAGAAAAUAAAAUAGCUGGUCUGAAAUAAACAUUCAAAUGAUUUUACCGUUAAAAUAAAUGUAGUUAUUUGUCGCUUUUGUAGAUGUAGUUUAAGCAUUUGUGGAACUGAUAAAAAUGGACUGAAUAGAACGGCACUAAUAUUGGAUUGUAAGGACGACCUUUGGAAAAAUAUUCCAACGAAUUAAGAACCUCCUCUUUUAUUGAAGUUGGUUGAAAGCGCACAGUCUGCAUUGUAUUUAGACAAUAAGAAAUGUAUGUUUAACCAAGUUCUUGUGAGUAUUCGCUAAUGUUGAAAAAGUGCGAAAGUAUUGUGGAUUUUACCUUCUUAUGACUGAUAAAAAGGCGUACGUAAUUACGGACUCCUUUUAAUCAAUCUUACACUUGUAUGUGCGCGAGUAAAUGAGAAAGUUAAAUUUAUUUUGAUAUGGUAGUUUAUUAUUCAUCAAUAGCGAAUGCUUGCGGAAAAACGUAUCUUUAUCGUAAUUAUGUAAUCGUCUAUAUGCCUAACAAUAUAAUAUUAAUAUAGGAAACUUGUGAGACAUACUAAAGUAACUAAAAAUCACGAAAAAAACGAAACAGCGUAUGCAGACGCGGUAACGUCGUCGCGUCUGCUGCUCAUGAUGAAGAGUCCCUCUGUGACUCGAAACUAGUAGAGCUUUUCUCCAUUGAUGUACGUGAGCUGCGUAAAACCGUGAUUUUUAACUGUUCAAUUUAAAUGUUGAUUGAAUGGUGGAUGAAGAUUUAUGUAUUAUCGUAAAAUUAAUCUACAUUAAAUAAUCUCAUUGUAAUCUGAUCAAUUUCAAUAAAGUUCACAACCACA